CCAACACAUAGGCACACAAUAAAAACACGUAAAUUUCUGACAUGUGAAAACAAAACACCACGCACUGUUCUUUCUCUUCACUCACUGCAGCCACAAUCUAUGAGGGCCGUUUCAAACGAUUUUGUCGGCGAGAGACGUUAUUAAUCAUGUUCAUUAACAGGGGCAAUACCCAAUUAUUGCAAUUAAUUUACCUGUUUUUCUGCUUUUAUUUUUUUUUUGUCCCGUUAUUAUUAGUAUUCUCUUCCCCACUUCACCACCCUUGCUCAUUUCCUACGCCCCUUUUUCCUCUUCCACAUUAUUCUGUUUAAAUUAAUUAAUUAAUAUGUGCAUGGAAAAAGAAAAGUUGUCAUUAUGGUUUAUAUUUGUGAUUUCGCAUUAAGAAAAAAGAAAUUUGUUACCGAAUAUAUGUGUGUACAUGUCCAUGUAUGAAAGGACUAUUAAUCUUCUCCUUUUCUGUGCGUAGAUUAAUGCUUAUAAUAAUACUCACAAAACUGAAUAAAGCUGCUUCUGUUCCCGUGGCUGGUUCUUCUUCCUCCUUUUCCUUCUCUCUCUCUCUUUCUCUCUCUGCUUCUUCUGCAAUUUUUUUCUUUUUUCUUUUUUUUUUGGUUACUUGUUUCUGCUUUGGCACUAGCGCCGGUUCUUGUCUCCCUUGGACUCUGACUCUGUUGCCAGCUUUGACCUAAGAAGAUGCUUGUAAGAUAUCUUCUGAGAAUCAAUGGGUUGCGUUUUGCUUUUUCUACCCUCUUUCAGGUGGCAUUGCUCUUGCUGUUGGCAUUGAGCAAUGCCGUGAGAGUUAAUGGAGAUGGUGGGCAAUGUGGUUCCAACCCAACACUAGACCCCAGACCACACAGUGUCUCCAUUUUGGAGUUUGGUGCAGUUGGAGAUGGUAAAACACUCAACACUAUUGCAUUCCAGAAUGCCAUCUUCUAUCUCAAGUCAUUUGCUGAUAAGGGUGGUGCUCAGCUCUAUGUGCCUUCGGGAAAAUGGCUCACUGGAAGCUUCAAUCUUACCAGUCAUCUCACCCUCUUUUUGGAAAAAGGUGCUGUCAUUAUUGGCACUCAGGAUCCAUCUCAUUGGGAUGUUGUUGAGCCCUUGCCUUCUUAUGGCCGAGGGCUAGAAGUUCCUGGGGGAAGAUAUCAGAGCUUGAUAAAUGGAUACAUGUUACAUGAUGUGGUUAUAACAGGUAAUAAUGGAACCAUUGAUGGCAUGGGAAUGGUUUGGUGGGAGUGGUAUAGCUCUCAUUCCUUGAACCACAGUCGUCCUCAUCUGGUUGAAAUUGUUGCAUCUGAUUAUGUGGUAGUUUCAAAUCUUACAUUCUUGAAUGCCCCAGCUUAUAGCAUACACCCAGUUUAUUGCAGCCAUGUACAUAUUCAAAAUGUUUCAAUCUCCACUCCUCCAGAAUCCCCUUAUACUGUUGGUAUAGUGCCAGAUUCUUCUGAUAAUGUGUGUAUAGAAGAUUGUAUUGUUUCCAUGGGAUAUGAUGCAAUUUCUCUCAAAAGUGGCUGGGAUGAGUAUGGCAUUGCCUAUGGCAGGCCUUCUGAGAAUGUACACAUCAGAAGGGUGCAUCUUCAUGCAUUUUCUGGUUCUGCUCUUGCAUUUGGCAGUGACAUGUCUGGUGGCAUUUCAAAUGUUCUAGUGGAGCAUGCUCAUCUUUUCAACUCAAAUAGUGGCAUUGAGUUCAGAACCACCAAAGGAAGAGGUGGUUAUAUGAAGGAAAUUGUUAUAUCAGACAUACAAAUGGAGAGUGUUCAUACAGCAAUUGCUGCCACAGGUAAUUGUGGAUCUCAUCCUGAUGACAAGUUUGAUCCAAAUGCACUUCCACAUUUGGAUCACAUUACCUUGAAGGAUGUCACAGGUACAAAUAUUACCAUUGCUGGAAACCUUGCUGGAAUAGAGGAAUCACCUUUCACAAAUAUAUGCCUUUCCAACAUAACCUUGUCUACAAAUUCUGUUUCUCCUAUUACAUGGAAUUGCUCAAAUGUGUCCGGAUUUUCAGAUUCCGUGCUCCCAGAACCUUGUCCAGAACUUGGCAACCCCUCAUAUGAUUCAUUCUCAUCGUGUUUCCACCUGCUGAGGAUUAUCAGUGGCAAAACUGCAGUGCAGUGAUAAAAAUCCUUUCUCAACAGAAGAUUCUUAUUCUUGAGUACCCUUGUUGAUGUUGAUGAAAAAGUGAAUGGCCAUUUGCCAUCUAAGAUUAGGCCACAUUCUUUCCAAUAAGACGGUUGUGAGGAUUAUUCAUUUUUUCAUCCCUUAGAUUUGCAUUCUUGCAUGUUCCUACCAGCACAUUUUUUGUACAGCUUCAUUUCUUCAUUCAUGUGUAAGGAAAUUUUGGUAGUGCCGCCACAGGAGGACUCGAAAAGUUUGAUAGUUUUUGCAUUAGUUCCAUUGUGAUUUCACUGUAAAGCGUGUAGUGGAUUUGGUGAUACUUCAAUCAAAGAAAGUUCAACUUUUUGUUAUCAUUA